AUAAAACAGAUUCAGUCAAAUUGGAUCAUGCAGUCUUUGACUCAGGAAAUCCAAAGUUUUUCUCGGUCGAGGCUGAGGAAGCAAUGCACCCGUGUGACAUCACUGAGUGGCCGGCGCAUUAUAGAGACCUGGAAGGGUUCAACCAUCACUGUUGUCGAAGAGCCCGUUCCCCCAGAGAACAUGCUGGGGUACGUUCCUGUCACUUCCUGGGAUCUGCAAGUUGGCAUUGUCAAACCAUUCUUGCUACUGGGUUCACAGGAUGCUGCUCAUGACUUUGGAACUCUGAGAAAACACAAGGUGUCUCACAUCCUGAACGUGGCCUUCGGAGUAGAGAACAUGUUCUCGGAUCUGUUCAUCUACAAGACCGUCAGUAUUGUGGAUCACCCUGACACUGACCUGCAGCUCUACAUGCAGGACUGCUGCGACUUUAUAGAACAAUCUCGCCGUGAGAAAGGUGUUGUUUUGGUCCAUUGCAAUGCUGGUGUUUCACGUGCACCGGCUGUCGUCAUAGGCUACUUGAUGUCAUGUGAUGGCCAGUCCUUCGAUGAUGCGAUCUCAUUGGUUAAAUCCACCCGGCCUGCCUCUGACCCCAACCCUGGCUUUCUGGAGCAACUGAGGAACCACAAAUUGCAGAAAAAGAAUGGAUCCAAACGCUAA